AAAUCAGCCGCUGCAUACAACAAGCACUUGGCAUCAUCCAUCCACACAAUCAUCGUCUAUCAAAUUUAGCACUGCACAUCAUUAUAAUCAUCAUCAUCAUGCCUGCUCUUCCAUUUAACUCGUCGGCUUCUUCAUCCGCUUCAUCUUCACCUACCUUGUCACCUACAACGACGCCCUCAAUAGUUCUCCAUCCCGCAUCGGGUAUUUCAUUAGAGAAGAAGGAGCUGCACAAGCCCCGACAAGAUCCGGCACAGGCGUACCGCAUGCGUUAUGCGCAAUACCUGGCCGCGACCUUUGGCUUCUCAAUGCAGGCCGCGCUCGCCGAGGCCGACUGCCAGCUUGCACCCAGGCGUUCGUCGAGUUCGAGCAUGUCAGAGGCCGAGUCGUUACGAACGAUUUGAGGGGGCGCGAGGCUGAGCAUCUUUACAAUGGGCGUUAUAAGUGAACUUUUACCGUGAUGCACACGGAUGGGUGCACACGAUGGGCAGUGUGUGGUGGGGCUUGUUUUGGCGUGCUCUCUGAUACUUGUGCUGCAAUCAAAAGCGAUUGGUUUUUUUCUCUUUGCAUUUACAUGACCGUGUUGUCGAUGCCGUCCGAGGGAGUGCGAUGGAUGACAGUGGAGGUUGGAGCCCACAAGUG